AUGCCCUCUUUAAAGGUGGACGCUUUGUCGAGUGAGUUUCGCAUCUUUGCCUUAGGAGCAUCGGAGCUGUACGCGAAGGCUGAGAAACAAGAACCCACUGACCCGGUCUACUCUUCAAACCUGAGCGCUGCACUUUACGAAGCCGGCGACUACGCGGCAUGCUUCCUCGCCGCCCUUCGAUCCCUCAAACUCCUACUCUCCCAGAAUGACCGCAACAUUUCUCUUGUUAACCGUCUUUCAAUCCGGAUAGCCAGGGCACUACGCUAUGGGAUCCGGUGCAAUACUCUUUCACAGGACUACCUACGUUCCGCCGACGCUAUCGCUAUCCUCGAAGAUCUGGCGAAACUCCGCGCCGAGGUCAAGGACGAAGAUGUGUCGAAGGCCUGGGAUGAAUGGGAGGAGACAGAGAAUGAGAUGGAUAGAGUAGCCGAGGGUUCAUACGAUGCUCGUGCUCGUCUGGCUCGUCUGCCCAUAUAUAAAGCAUCUCCAGAAGCUCUGUUGGAGUACUAUUCUAUAUCUCACGACUAUCCCAUGUCAAUAAUCGACGAUUACGGGUCGCAGCAUCAGAAUCCCUCUCCGUUGAGGAUCCAGUCCUUUUCCGCAGAGCGACUCUCUAAGCUCGCAUUCCUGUUUGGGGGAGUUGGUGAUGGUCGUCACGUCUUUGGGUCCAUCAUUGGCCUCAAAAAGGCUUUUACCCAACUUCCGAAACAUAAGAAAUCCGACUUCAAUGUCCACAUGACUUUUUUAGACAUACACCCGACCGCUCUUGCUCGUGACUUAUGUAUUCUCAUCCUCUUGGAUAGCCUGAGCAACGAACAUGGUGCGGAAGAGCAGGCGGAGAUCAAGGCCACACUCUUCUACGUCUAUACCGCUAUCCUUGUCCCAUCGUAUUGCUUCGAUCGGUUCAUGAACGUCGUGAAAGACCUGCGCCAGAGGCUUACGUCCGGGUCUCCCGCUAUUCCAUCCUGGAUUCACGUUGUUUCCGCCUCUAUUCCCGAUAUUAUCAAGUCCCUAGACUAUUGGAUCAACGAGUCUCCCCGAAAGACCACGAAACGUAUGCUAGACCAUCACGACGACGCAAUUUAUCAAACCACUCUUGCUCGCAUGAAAGCACAAGCUGCUUCCGGUGGUUUCACUGCGUAUGGGGGUCAUGACCCGUUUAGUGGGCAAGCUGGUGCUAUUCAGUCUAUGAUUGACCAGCAAAGCGAUGAAGAGAUCAUACGAUACGGAACUAGGAUGAUGAAUGCUGAUGGGACGUUCCCUACCGUCCCUACCGAUCCUGCAGCGAGGGCUGAGUUCAUCAAGAGCACGAGGAAGCUGCUGGCAGAGGCUAUGGGUGAGGUGCAGGAUCAACAUGGUAUGCAGGAUUCCGGAGCCACUCUGUGGGAGAAGCACUUUUACAAGACGGCGAGGGCGUUCAUACCGCCACCCGAGCUCCGCAAGAGGCAUCCUCUCAUGGCAAAAGCUUGGGAAGUAAGUCGAGAUCGGAAGGCCGGGAGACCAAAGGCACAGGCUCCUGCUCUGGACGGCCUUAAGGCCGAGGCUCAUUCGGAGGUUCGCAAGACCUGGAAACCAAACCCGUCCCUCUUCGAUUCGUUCCACGACCGCGGCACCGGUUAUCCUGAAAUGCAUAACAGCGGUUUCGACCCCAUCGAAGCACUUUAUGACUUCAACGACCGCAUGCACCUGCCGAUGGACAUCUCGAGCAAGGUCGCACAGGACUGUCCCUCAUAUACGAUCACAUGCGCUUUCUUCGAUGCCGUCUCGGACGGUCUGAAGAUCCUCAAGGAUCAUAUUCAGUUGGAGAUCCUUUGUGGUGAGCUUAAUCUGGAAGUCUUGAAAAUGAGAACGUCGGGAGAUCAGCACCGACCAGCUCAUUUUCCAAAGACGUUCACAAGGAUGUGGUUGAGCAACGUGCCGGAUUACACACAUGGACCGUUAAAUAUGGCGGUGUAUGUUGCUCCUGGCCUACAGCCUGAGCCAGACUGCUCUGUCGCUGCGAACUGUCUUCUCAACACACCAAUCUGGAGAGAUGACGACGAGUUCUCCGCCACGUACAUGCUCGUGAGAGUUCAAGAUGUUCCACGGUACCUAGGUUGCCGCGUGCUCAGGAUGUCGCCGGCUUGGGACAUCAUCAAUCUAGCUCCCAAUCCACUCCCCCGACCCCUCCAUGAGCUUGCCUCUCGUAACGAGCUCGUCUCCUGGCUGACUCGUGUCUUUUUUGCCAUCAUCAUUCCCGGGAAAGGAAACGCACACAUCACCUCCGUUCGCUACCCGAAUAAUCUCGUUGCGUUCAUUGAACUACUCGUCCAUCUAUAUAGGGUCGGCUUUCCAGCCCACUGGCUGGCUGACUUCCUUCAAUCGGUAAUCUCCGACUCAUUAACGACGGAUAUCGCACCAUAUCUCGGCAAACUUCCGAUUCCAGUCGCUGAAAUCUACAGGCGUGUAACAAGGAGGAAGGUUUGCUUGGAGCCUUGGCUCGCAGACCUCGAGAACAUACUGGCGAUGUCAUACGAAUCUCUUCCAUUCGCAUUUUGCGGUCCACCUGGUUUUUCGAAAUCAUACUCAGAGAUUGGGUUGUUCGAAACAACCCUUUCACAACACGUACUCGACCCAGCGACAUCCAUGAAUAUGCUGCCACCGCACGUUCCCGUCGUGUCACUCAUUUUUUAUAAGCCCGGAUCCUUCGCACCAAGAUACCUCCUGUCAAACCUUACCCAAAUCAUCGAGGGAAAAAAACUCACAGGACAAGGGGAAUUGUUCGUCUUGACAUCCGUAGAGAGCUUUAGCAUAAAGGACGGAGUCGUCAGGUGGAGAAUGAGUAAGAAGAGGAUCAGGAAGAUGAAGAUGCAAAAGUGGGUCAUGAUCUCGUAUCGAUUCGAUGUGGACGAUAUAGUCUCUCACCCGGACGAGGCAAGAAAUUGGGGAGAGAUCACAGAGACCUGA